AUGUCCACAACAUACAACAUCGCCUCCAUACCCGGCGACGGCAUUGGAACAGAAAUCACAGAAGCAGCCGAACAAGUCCUCCACAAACUCGCCUCAGUCGUUGGCACCUUCAACUUCAACUUCACUACCUUCGACUGGUCUUCUAAAGCCUACCUCGAGCGUGGCUGGUACAUGCCCGAGGAUGGAAUGCAGCAGCUUGCAAAGCACGAUGCAAUAUACUUCGGUGCAGUAGGUUGGCCUUCUUGGAACAACCAGUACGUGAACGUACGUCCAACACGGAUUCUCCCAGGAACCACAGCGCCCUUAGCUCAAUGCCAGAAAAGGCCGCAGGAUCUGGACUGGGUGAUCAUCCGUGAGAACAGUGAGGGCGAAUAUGCUGGGCAAGGCGGAACAACCCACGAUAAUAGUCCUCAUACCGUGGCGACGAAGGUAGCAAUCUUCUCAAGAGUCGGUAUUGAAGGGAUUAUGAGAUUUGCUUUCGAGACAGCGAAAAGCCGGCCGAGGAGGAAGCUGACGAUGGUGACCAAGAGUAAUGCACAAAGGCAUGGGAUGGUGCUGUGGGAUAAGGUGUUCUAUGAGGUUGCGAAAGAGUACGAAGGUGUGGUCGAGUACGACAAGAUGUUGGUCGAUGCUAUGACUGUACGUAUGGUGAACAAUCCUCAAUCAAUGGACACGAUCGUUGCCACAAAUCUGCAUGCCGACAUCCUAUCUGACCUCGCUGCUGCUCUUGCUGGCUCAACCGGUAUUGCUCCAUCGUCGAACCUAGACCCAACGAGGCAGUAUCCAUCCAUGUUUGAACCAAUCCACGGCUCAGCGCCUGACAUUUCAGGGCAAGGGAUAGCAAAUCCCGUUGGUGCUUUUUGGUCGGCUGCUGAGAUGGUGAGGUGGCUGGGUCGAGGUGAGCUGGACAAGGUCGCGGACGGCCUCAUGCAAGCCAUUGAAAACGUGACGAGCAACCCCCAAACGAGGACGAAGGAUAUGGGUGGUUCUGCGAACACGAAAGAGGUUACUGAUGCUGUGAUGAAGCAAAUUGAUGUCGUGUUUGGGAAGUAA